AUGGCAGGCCUCCUCGGUGCAAGCCAGGCCUUGGAAGUGACGAUUCUUGCCGACACUAACCGCGAUGGCAAGAUAGACACUACUGGAAAGAGUGACUAUACUGGAAAAAAUACCUGGACUGAGAGCUCUGGGGCCCUCUUCCUCGCCAAUAUUGGUGACUCGAACCGGCGCUGCUCGUCGCUCAUCACCACCGACGAGAACGACAAGACCAAUCCCGACUACAACUUGUGCAACGAUGCCAGUGGAGAUGUUCAGCGCAACCCCAAAUACUUGGCGCCUGUUUUGACUCUGCCGAGCCCCGAGCUUAGUGACACGGCCACGGGGUCCAUUGUGGUCGACAAGGUUGCUGCCUCCAAGGUGCGCGUCUUCCUCAAAGACGGUGCAGACUGGGCGUACGUGGCAUCUAACUACACCUUUACCGCAGGCCAGCUGCGCAAGGGACUUGAUCUUGGCGUCGACGCUCGCGAGGUCCGCACCACCGCGUGGGAUGGCAAAGCCACACUGCAGUUCUCAGUCAAGGACAAAGGCGCCGAAGCCACAGACAGCGUCGCCCUGCGUGUUGCUCCCGUCCUGACACACCACCAUGUUCAGCCUGCCGAACAAGUACUUGUAUCCAUGUACCAAAGCUCGCGGUUGUCUCCUGACAAACUGCAGGAAAAAUUUGUCCAAGACCUCACUAAGCUAUCCCUACAGGCGGGCGUCAAGCAGCCCUUUGUGACGGUCAAUUCCUCCGACCACUGGACGCAGGACUUCUUCGAACCCGGCUACACGACGAUUCCUGGUCCAGAGGGUCCGGUUGUGCUCCGCAUCAUGAUUGCCUCGGCGCAAAACGAGAGCAGGAGAAUCGUUUCCCACCGCUGGCUGUUCCGCGAGAUGCGCUCCGACACGGUCGGCGCCGUCCAGCACCGCACCUAUGGCACCACCACGGACUCGACUGGCAACCUCGAAACAGUGCCGCCCUAUACCUUGAACGGCAAGUCGUACCCGGCUGGGCGUGCUAUAAUGGGCUCUCACUUUGGCAAGAAGCCUGAAAUGGUCAAGUUCCUCAAGGCGCAAGAGGUGCAGGCACCCGUUGGGAUUGACACCACCUGGCUCAUGGUCGGACACACGGACGAGUUUAUGCAGUUUCUUCCGGCUAACAACAAGCGCGGCUGGGUCAUGAUGGUUGACGACCCGCUCGCAGGUCUUGAGAUUCUGCAACAGGCGCAGAAACAGGGUCAUGGCAAGGUCCGCGCCAUUUCCCGUCCCAAGAUGCCGAGUGACGGGAGCUACUGUGUACCCACGAAUUCCAUCGACGACUUCUUGAACCUGGCCAACUUUACAGAAGUUCAAAAGUACUGUGAUAAGAAUAUCAAAGCCAACAUUGACAUUCUCAAGAACGAGACGGGUCUGACGGACAGCGAGAUUAUCCGCGCCGUUCCGGCCGCCGGGGCGGCAAAUGAGGGCAUAUACGCCCAGGGAUACCGUCAGAGACCCUAUGUCAAUGUCCUUGAAGCGGGUGGUGGUGGCAAAGGCCCGGAUGGCCUGGCGCGGCGCCAGGCGGACGACACCUGGCAGGUAGCGGCGUUGUACCCGGGCUGCAUCAACGGCGUCGUCUUGUCCAACACGCAGUACGCGGCUCCCAACCCCUGGGGCCCGGUCGUGGACGGAAAAGAUAUUCUGGCGUCGGCUGUCAAUGCCGCGUACGCCAAGGCCAACUUUACGGUCCACUACAUGGAUGACUUCUUUACGCACCAUGUGGAGAGCGGCGAGGUUCACUGUGGUUCCAAUGUGAUCCGGGGAACCACUGCCAAGUGGUGGUAG